AGGGCACUUCUGUUUGUGGAGUAAAGCCUACCACAUCAUCAAACUAUGUAACUGGAGGAUUACAGUAUGCUUACCUCUGAUUUUAUUUCUACACUGCUGCUAUAAGUAACAAUGAGUAAAUCGACUAAAUUAUGUCGUAAGACUUCUUGUCCAAGAAGCAAUAUAUUCUGUAAUCUCCUUGACAAAAUUGUUAAAAGACCCUCUUUGCAGUUUUUGGGUCAGUGGGGAUAUCACUGUUAUGAACCUAGGAUUUACAGGUCACUGGCAAAAAUUCUGAAGCAUGUGGACUUGGAUGGUUUUGACUCACUACUCACAGAUUACAUUGCAUUUGUGGAAAAAUCAGGAUAUCGUUUUGAAGUAAGUUUUAACCUCGACUUUACCGAAAUAUGUGUGAAUACAAUUCUGUUCUGGGUUUUUGCCAGAAAAGGUAAUCCUGACUUCGUGGAAUUGCUUCUCAAGAAGACAAAAAACUAUGUUCAAGACAGAAGCUGUAACCUGGCACUGAUAUGGAGAACUUUCACACCAGUAUACUGUCCAAGCCCAUUAAGUGGCAUCACACCUCUCCUUUACGUAGCUCAGACAAGACAGUCUAAUAUCUUGAAAAUAUUACUGCAAUAUGGAAUCUUAGAAAGAGAAAAAAACCCUAUCAACAUUGUCUUAACAAUAGUACUCUACCCUUCAAGAGUGAGAGUAUUGGUUGAUCGUGAAUUGGCUGACAUCCACGAAGAUGCCAAAACAUGUUUGGUACUAUGUUCCAGAGUACUUUCUGUCAUUUCAGUCAAGGAAAUAGAGGUCCUUGAGGAAUUGCCAUACUGUCUUCCACAAUGGUUGAACUAAUUUACACUCCCACCAGCAGUAGAACCAAAAGCAAACACCUGGAGCACAGAUUAACACAAGCAACAUCUCAGAAGCCAAGUAUGAGGCUGAAAUGACACCAGGGACAUAGAGAAAUGAAAAACUCUGAGCAGACAAUAAAAUAAAGUUUUCUAUCUUUGAUGUCCUUGCCACAUUCUGCCAGGCACCAUGCACAGAACAUUCCUCUCAGUCUCAUUUGUUCUAUUCUUGAAAAUGUGAGAUUGAGAUGGAUAGUCCGUUUCCCCAUUAUCUUGGGUUCCCUUUCAGAAAAAUAAUUCCUGCCUCAACCCACAGAAAGCACCACUAGUGCCUGGAGGGAGAAGCCCCCCUGAGGGCAGCUAAAGACAAAGAGGGGAGUGGAAUUAGAAACUCCAGCUUGUAAAACUACUACUCAUUUCAGCCAAAGGAGACACCAAAUCAGAGUAGCUGUUCAGCAGCACCAAACUAUAGAAAGCAGAUGCCACAGGUUAUCUGGAUAUGAACCCCUAGCCAGACUUACCACAUAGGUGAGGUAUCUCCUCUAAGAACCCCACCAUCUGAGAUGGGCAGUACUGCAAACAUUUGCCAGAGCUGAGGAAAAUCUGGGCUUAAGGUGCCAUCUAGUGCUGAAAAGGAGACAGCAAUCUUGAUUAAGGAGAAUCACAGGCAACUGCAAAGAAUCUCUAAGCAAAAAUACAACCUAGAAAGUCCAACAGCGAGACGGUAAAGAUAAACUAAUCCUUCAUUGCAAAAACAUAAAUAUACAUCCCACAAGGAACAACAGCAAACAGGAAACUAUGACCUCCCCAAAUGAACAAAGCAAGGAACUGGUGAUCAAUACCAUGGUGAGAUGGUGAUACAUGAGCUCUCAGAUCAAGAAUUCAAAAUAGCAGUUGUAAGAAAAUUCACUGAACUCAAAAACAGCAUAGAAAAAGCAAUUGAUAAAUUUAUUAGAGAAAUUUAAUAAAGAGAUUAAAGUUGGCUGCACAUGUUGGCUCAUGCCUGUAAUCCCAAUACUUUGGAAAGCCAAAGUGGCAGAUCACUUGAGGUCAGGAAGACCAGUCUGUCCAACAUGGUGAAACCCCAUCUCUAUUAAAAGUACAAAAAUUACCCAGACAUGGUGGUGUGCACCUGUAAUCCCAGUAAGCUACACAGGAGGCUGAAGCAGAAGAAUUUCUUGAACCCAAGAGGCAGAGGUUGUGGUGAGCUGAGAUCACACCACUGCACUCCAGCCUGGGUGACAGAGCAAGGCUCUGUCUGAAAAAAAGAAACAAACAACAACAAAGCAGAUUAAAGUUUUAAAAAAUCAAAUGGCAAACAGAGUUGAAAUCCUGGAACUGAGAAAUACAUUUGUUGAACUAUAAAAAAAAGUACAGAGGCUCUCAAAAAAAAAAAGAAAGAAAGAAAGAAAGAAAGAAAGAAGAAAGAAAUUGAGCAGAAGAAAGAAUCAGUGAGAUUAGCUAGGCACAAUGGCUCAUGCCUGUAAUACUAGCACUUUAGGAGACUGAAGCAGGCAGAUCACUUGAGGCUGAGAGUUAGAGACCAGCCUGGACAACAUGCCAAAACCCCUUCUCACUAAAAAAAAUACAGAAAUCAGCCAGGCAUGGUGGCACAUGCCUGUUAUCCCAGCAACUUGGGUAGCUGAGGCAUGAAAAAUACCUGAAUUCAGGAAGCAGAGGUUGCAGUAAGCCAAGAUAAAGGCGGUGUGGGGAGGAGAAGGGGGGAGGAAAGAUGAAAGGAAUAGAGAGAGACUGAAAGAUAUAUAUUUUUAAAAACACCUUGAAAGAGCAAAUCUAAGAUUCACAGGUGUUCAAGAGAGGAUUGAGAAGGAGCAAAGAGUACAAUGCCUAUUUAAAGAAAUAAUAAUGGAAGACCUACCAAACCUAGAGAAAUAUAUAAAUAGCCAGGUAUAAGAGGUCACAGAACAUCAAAUAUAUUAAACCCAAAUAAGACGACCCCAAAAAUAUAAUAAUCAAACUCUCAAAGGUCAAGGACAAAGAGAAUCUUAAAAGCAGCAAGAGAAAAAAAGCAAAUAACAUAGAAAGCAGUUCCAAUUCAUCUGGCAACAGAUCUCUCAACAAAAACCAUAUAGACCAGGAGAGAGCUGAACAACAGAUUGAAAAUGCUAAAGGAAAAAAAUGUUACAAAUUGAGAAUACUAUACCUAACAAAACUUUCCUUCAGAUAUAGAGAGAAAAAGUCUUUCCCAGACAAACAAAAGCUGAGGAAAUGCAUCAUUACUAGGCCUAUCUUAUAAGAAAUGUUAGGGCUGGGCUUGGUGGCUCAUCCCUGUAAUCCCAGCACUUUGGGAGGCAGAAGCAGGCAGAUGACAAGGUCAGGAGUUUGAGACCAGCCUGGCCAAUACAGUGAAACCCCAUCUCUACUAAGAAUACAAAAAAAAAAAAAAAAAUUAGCUGGAUGUGGGGAGGCAUGACUGUAAUCCCAGCUACUUGGGAGGCUGAGGCAGGAGAAUUGCCUGAACCAGGGAAGUGGAGGUUGCAACGAGCUGAGAUCAAGCCACUGAACUCCAGCCUAGGUGACAGAGCAACACUCUGUCCCCAGCAAAUAAAUAAAUAAAACAAGACCUAACUAUAUGCUGCUUACUAGAAACUCACUUACCUAUAAAGUCAUGCACAAACCAAAAGUUAAAAAAUGGAAAAAGAUAUUCCAGAUAAAUGAAAACCAAAAAAAGAGCAGGAGUAGCUAUGUUUAUAUAAGAUAAAACAGACUUCAAGUCAAAGACUGCAAAAAGAGACAAAGAAUGUCAUUAUAUAAUGAUAAAGGGAUCAAUUCAGCAAGAGAACAUAACAAUUAUAAAUAUAUAUUCACCCAACACUGGACUAUCCAAAUAUAUAAAGCAGAAAUUCAUAGAUAUAAAGAGAGAUGUAGACUGCAAUACAGUACUGGUAGGGGUUUUCAACAUUCCACUCUCAGUAAUAGCCAGAUCAUCUAAACAGGAAAUCAACAGUUAAACACUGAAGUUAAACUACAUUCUAGACUGCUUGGACCUCACUGAUGUUUACAGAACAUUUCAUCCAACUGCUGCAGAAUACAAAUUCUUCUCAUAAGCACAUGAAACAUUCUCCAGGAUAAAUAAUACAUUAGGCCACAAAGCAAGUUUCAGUAAAUUCAAAAAAGUAGGAAUCAUAUGAAGUAUAUUUUAUUCCAAAAUGGAAUAAAACUAGAAACCAAUGACAGGACAAAUUUUUGGGAACUAUACAAACACAUGGAAAAUAAACAACAUGCCUCUGAAUAAUCAAUGGGCCAAUAAAGAUAUUAAAAAGAAAAAAUUUAAAUUUCUUGAAAAACAUACACAACAUACUAAAAUCUAUGACAUACAGCAAAAGUACUGCUAAGAGAGAAGUUUAUAGCAAUAAACACCUACAACAAAAAAGUAGAAAAAUUUCAACAAAACAGAAAACCUAAUGAGGUACUUCUCAAAGCUAGGAAAGUGAAAGCAAACCAAACCUAAAAUUGGUAGAAGAAAAGAAAUAAUAGAGAUCAAAGCAGAAACAAUUAGCUGAAACUAAAAUAAAUACAAAAGAUAAAUUUUUAGCUAAAGACAGAAGACCCAAAAAAAUCAGAAAUGAAAAAGAAGACAUAACAAUUGAUACCACAGAAAUACAAAGGAUCAUUAGAGUCUACUGCAAACAACUAUAUGCCAACAAGUUGGAAAAUCUAAGAGAAAUAAAUAAAUUACUGGAGACAUACAACUUACCAAGAUUGAACCAUGAAGAAACGAAUGACAAGAUUGAAGCAAUAAAAAAAAGUCUCUCAUCAGAGAAAAGCUCAUAACAUAGGGAGACCCCCAUCUCUGCCAAAAAAUUAAAAAUCAGCCUGAUGUGGUGGUGUGUACCUGUGGUCUCAGCUAUUUGGGAGGCUAAGGUAAAAGGAUUGCUUGAGCCAGGAGGUGAAUAAGCAGUGAGGUGGGAUUCUGCCACUGGACUCCAGUCUGGGAAACAAAGCAAGAUCCUGUCUCAAAAAAAAUUUUUUUUUUUUAAAGAAAGAAACAAAAGGAAAAUAAAAAAGAAAAGAAAAAGUAAAUAAAAGCCAGUACCUGAUGGAAAAAAAAUCCCACCAAAUAACCCAAUUGAAAAACUGGAAAAACAUCUGAAUAGACAUUUCCCAAAAGAAGACAUACAAAUAGCCAACAGGUGGCAGGAAUGUAAAUUAGUUCAACCUUAUGGAUAUUUCUCAAAAAACUAAAAGAACUAUA